UGCCAUUUAGCCAAAUUGACCAGCCGCUUCACCUUAUACCUCUCUCAGUCAGCCUCCGCCGUCGAUAAUGGUUCCUUCUCUCAGUGUAUCCCCAAAUUCAUUCCGCCCGGCGUUCUCCUCCGCUGGGGUAGUUUAUCGGACGCCCAGGUUUUUCUGUGUGAGAUCCAUGUCGUCAAUGUCAGCAACAUCGCCGCUUCAACAACUUCAAACCGGUGCCUCUUCCUCUCAGAAUUUGGACCUCUCCAUUAUGGUAAAUGGAUGCUCCGGAAAGAUGGGAAAGGCUGUUAUCAAAGCUGCUGACUCUGCUGGCCUCAAUGUUGUACCAGUAUCAUUUGGUUCCUUGGAGGAGUCUGGACUAACUAUACAAGCAUCUGGAAAGGACAUUUUGGUUCAUGGACCUUCUAAUAGGGCAGAUGUCCUCGCAUCAGUUUUUGAUGAAUAUCCAAAUUUGAUUGUGGUGGACUACACUGUGCCUUCUGCUGUAAAUGAUAAUGCAGAGCUUUACUGUAAAGUUGGAGUUCCUUUUGUGAUGGGAACAACUGGUGGAGAUAGAGAUCGGUUGUAUAAAACUGUGGAUGACUCGGAGGUUUAUGCAGUAAUCUCCCCACAAAUGGGCAAACAGGUUGUUGCCUUCCUUGCUGCCAUGGAAAUAAUGUCGGAGCAGUUUCCUGGGGCCUUCUCUGGAUAUUCGUUGGAGGUGAUGGAGUCUCAUCAAGCAAGCAAGGUGGAUGCAUCUGGAACUGCCAAGGCAGUCAUUUCUUGCUUCCAGAAAUUAGGUGUCUCUUUUGAUGUGGAUCAGAUAAAAUUGAUCCGGGAUCCCAAGCAACAGAUUGAAAUGGUGGGAGUUCCAGAGGAGCAUUUAUCUGGCCACGCAUUCCAUAUGUAUCACUUGACAUCACCAGACAAGACAGUUUCUUUUGAGUUUCAGCAUAAUGUUUGUGGUAGGUCAAUUUAUGCCGAGGGCACAGUUGAUGCUGUUCUUUUCCUAGCCAAAAAGAUUCAGUCAAAGACAGACAAGCGGAUAUACAAUAUGAUUGAUGUAUUGCGGGAGGGUAACAUGAGAUGAUGAGAUGACAAGUAAACCUCGUAAGGUGUCGUUUACAAUAAUCGUAUUUCAGUUUUGGGAUGUAUGCAUUUUCUUUUUCGACGGGGAAAAAGGGAUUUCAUAAUUUAACCACUAUGAGAGUUGUAACUUGUUAUCCUUGUUACCUCUUAUGCUUCUACAACCUCAUGAGGUAGUUUACUCCUACGGGAAUUCAGUCAUUAAAUCUUUUCAUAUU